AUGAGCUCCUUCGCGGGUAAAGACCUCCCCCAAUCUCUUCCACUUCUCCCUAUCCUUGCCCAGACACAACCAAUUCUUCCCUGCAGUUUGGUGGGCUGGGCCUACAGCGACCUACGUGUGCAGUACAACAAUGGGUUCAGGGUACUGAUGGGGCUGCCGCGCUGGUGCAGUGCAUCACAGGUGUUCGCAGAGGCUCAUACAGACGACUUUUACGCAAUCAUGAGAAAAAGAGCUGCAUCUGUGAUGAGCAGAGUGCGCGGGAGCUCCAACAUAAAAUUGAUACAAUUUAGAGUAAGAAGAGUAUUUUUUAAUAAGUGGCAAAGUUAUCUAUUCGCCGUGGAUCCCAACAUAAGCGUGGAGCUAUGUACGGGCGAGGCGUGGCGCGCCGCCGGCGUGGCUCGCUCGCCGUCGCACGAGUCUGUCACCACGGAACUGUCUCUGUUCAGCGUCUCGUCUGCUGCAUCAGAUGCCAGGGUGCUCCGGCUCCUGGCUUGCAAGGCUGGCCAAGGGCCUGAUCCAUCCUUAAGAGUAGCAAGCCCCAACCCUGAGGGGAAGAUGGUCAAACGCGGUUCGUGCGCUCUGCCGCUGCAGUCCACGGACGCGUGCCGCGAGCUGCUAGCCGGCUGUGCCGUGCUGUGUGCGCAGUUGGGCCUACGUCGGUCGUUUAGCGCGGGGGACGUGGCGCAGCCCGCUACUUGCAAGCCCACCAGGAGCGCGACGUCGGAGGUGGGCCUGUGCGCGGCGCUGGAGGCGCUCACCAUGACGGCCGCGUCGCGCUCCUGCAGCACGUGGGUUGCGGUAGGAGGCUCGCAGCUGCCCUCCCCUCAGAGGUCACACCCCGCACAACCCCCACAUCGACCUUUGCCCAGCGAUAACAAGAAGGUUCGUCAGAACUACAUCAAGCGUCGUUUGCUGACCACUUAUCGCGCGCUGGAAAGGAUGUCGCAAUCCGAGUUCAAUCUUGACAAACUUGAGGCGGUAGCAUCGGCGGCGGCGGACAACGCAGACCCGGGGCCCACCACGCUGGCCGUGCCCACUGUCGUCAAGACCAACACCAAGUUUGUGCACCCAGAAGCUGCUCAACUGGCUCUCACGGCAGCGGAUCUGGAACGUGAGAGGGGCCGCCCGCUCUCCAAAUACGAGCGAAACAUGAUGAUAUUCAACUGGCUCCACACCCUGGACGAGGCUGCUCCAUUCUAGACGCGCGUUCUGAAUCGCUCCAUCGCGUUCUGACUCGUUCCAUGGCGUUCUGAAUCGUUUUUGACGGCUUUCUGGCAUCCUAUUGCGUUUAAACGUAUUUUUCAAGUUGAAAAAUACUUAUUGUUACGUUUCAGCAUAUUUUUAGUAUCACUAGCGAGCGAAUGAGCAAAAGAAACACAAUUUGAGUCAUUUUACUGCGUUUUUUUUAUAUAAUUAAAAUUUUUCUAUCCAAAUACGAUAAUGUUCAAAUGGCUGCAAAUCCUGAACGAGUCUGCUCCAUUCUAGACAAGCGUUCUGUAUCGUACUAUCGCGUUCCGACUCGUCGCAUGGCGUUCUGACUCGUUCCAUGGUUUCUGAAUCGUUCCAUGACUUAUUGACGGCUUUCAUGCCAGAAAUCUUGAAUUGUGUUGUAUUUAUUUAGUAAAAAGAAGUACUUAUUGUUACGAUGUAUGUUUUGGUGAUUUGUAGUAAAAAAAAAAUAAACAAAAAACACGAUUUGAGUCAUUAUUCCGCUACGUUUUCCGGCAGCUUGUUUCAAUCAAAACGAGUUCAAAAUGCUAAUUUUAAGAUGCGUUCUGUAUCGUCUCAUCGCAUUCGUGUUUAAUUGCUUUUUGAAAGCAUAAAUUGUGUUAAUAUCAAUAAAAUUAUGUACUUUUUAACUUAUUAAUCCUGAUAAUAUUGUUACAUUUAUUGUAUUAAGAGCGUUUUUAAUGAAUUAACAAUGAUUAAAAAGAGCACAACUUGUUAGAAUUGUUUUAAAGCAUUCUCAACUUAUAUUUCGUUGUUAAUUUUAUACCCAAAUACAAAUAUUCAAAUGGCUCAAA